AUUGAGGUUACGGAUGAUUUGUUUACAUCUGUCAAUUUUUUUUGUUGUGUUAUCAAUAUUUUUAUCAGUGAUAACUUGCUUUUGCCACAUAAGCGUUAGAAUUCGUCCCUACACGUACCCCAUAUCGUACCGUCUUAAUGUUAAAAUCCGUAAUUCUUAUAGGGGGCCCCCUAAAAGGCACAAGGUUCCGCCCGUUGUCUUUGGACAUCCCAAAACCUCUAUUCCCCGUUGCCGGCUUACCGGUGAUCCAGCAUCAUAUCGAGGCCUGUUCUUCUAUCAAGGAAUUAAAGGAGAUUUUAAUCAUUGGUUCCUAUCCGGUAAGCCAACUGCAGCAGUUUGUGAAUGAUAUGCAGUUACAGUACAAUGUCACAAUAAAAUAUUUGCAAGAGUUUACUGCUUUGGGAACUGCAGGGGGCUUAUACCACUUCCGAGACCAAAUCAGGUCCGGUAGCCCGAAGGCUUUUUUUGUGCUUAACGGGGAUGUUUGCGCUGACUUUCCCUUAAGGGAAUUAUAUGAUUUCUUUGAUGAAAGGUCUGCGGAAUGUUUAGUUGCAGUGAUGUCUACUGAGGCAACGAGACCACAGUCGCUUAACUUUGGUUGUAUGGUGACAGAUAAGAACACAAAUGAAAUCACCCAUUAUGUAGAAAAACCAAGUUCUUAUGUAUCAACUCUUAUAAAUUGUGGGAUCUAUGUAUUCUCUUUAAAAAUUUUUAAUAUUAUUGGAGAAGCCUUUAAUUCAAAACAAGAAGAAUAUUAUAAAAAUGGCAAUGGUAAUCCUAAUAAGGACACAGGCUAUUUACAACUGGAACAAGACAUUUUAACACCCUUGGCAGGCAGUGGUAAAAUGUUUGCCUUACAAACCUCAAAGUGGUGGUCCCAAUUGAAAACUGCUAGUUCCGCCAUUUAUGCAAAUAGACACUACUUGGAACUUUACAGGGAGAAACAUCCGGAACGAUUAGCAACAGGAAAAAUGACUGAAACAUGCACAAUUAUACCAGAUGUACAUAUUGACCCAACAGCAGUAAUCCAUCCUACAGCAGUCAUUGGUCCAAAUGUUUCUAUUGGAGCUGGGGCCCAAAUUGGUGCAGGGGUAAGAAUAAGAGAAAGUAUCAUCCUUGACACAGCUGUGAUUGAAGAGAGAAGCCUGAUAAUCCAUAGCAUAAUUGGAAGAAAUUCCAGGGUGGGAAAAUGGGCUCGGGUGGAAGGAACCCCUUGUGACCCAGAUCCUAAUAAGCCUUUUGCCAAAAUGGAAAAUCCAAGACUGUUUAACACUGAUGGCAGAUUAAAUCCUUCUAUAACUAUUCUAGGAUGUUCUGUAAGUGUUCCAUCUGAAACUAUUUUAUUGAAUUCUAUUGUCCUUCCUAAUAAGGAGUUAUCCAGGAGUAUAAAAAAUGAAAUUAUUUUGUAAGGGAGCAAUAUAAAUUGUGUCAAUUAUUUUAAGCACAAAGAAGGGGAAUCAAGGAAGCAGUAAGGUGUAAACAGGAUAGUAAAAACAAUACCAAAAUUGUAUGUAUUAAGGUUAACAAUGUAAUAUAAUGGAACAAGAUUUUUAAAAAUAA